AUGGUGGCACGUCAAAUCCUCGGAAAGACGGAGGUUCGCGAUCAAGGCUCAGAAAACGGCUUGGAGGAGGAAAAUGUGACAAAAACCAGCUGCUUGAGGCGGAUAUUUGUCCUCCUCAAUACACUCGAUAAGACGGAAGCUAUCAAGGACUUCAUAGCAUCUGGCUUGAAUGACUCUUCCCUACCGUUUCGCAGGGAUCACAGAAACGACUGUGCUCUUUUUUCUAGAUCCAAGCCCAACACGCCGAUACAGUUCAUCUCGGAUAGCUGGAAACCUCAUGAGAUCGAGUACUUUUAUGCUAAUCAGUGGUCGACGAUCUCUCCCCGCUUUUCGAAAUCAAAGAGGCACAAGUCGGUUCAUCAUUAUAAGCUAUCGAAAAACGAUAUCCUUCCUUUUGUCCAAGUCGAUGGAAAUGCGCUGCAGAAUCACCACGGAGGGACAGCAGACGUCUCUCGAGUCUUCAUCCACGAUGAUCACCACACGUUCGGAGCACGAAAGGACUUCGCUGGUAGUUUUGCAGUGAAGAGUCUUCGCCCGUUUUCCCCUGUUGCUUUCAAGAACGAGGUCGACAUGCUGAAAAAGUUCAGCGAUGACGACGCAUAUCCCCAUCUCAUUUCCCUUCUGGCGACCUACGAGCAACAUAACCACUUCCACAUGGUCUUCGAUUGGGCCGAGCGCAACCUCAAGGGCUAUUGGGAGCACGUGCAGCCACAGCCCUCAGCCACAGACCGGAAGACCGUUCUCUGGGUCGGCGAGCAGUGCAAGGGUAUUGCACGUGGAAUCGUCGAUCUGCAUCAAUACGAAACCUUCGACCGCAGUCAAGCCGAUCAGUCGCCAAUAGUCGUCUUUGGUCACCACGGCGAUAUCAAAGAGGAGAACAUUCUGUGGUUUCCUGGCACCGAAGAGCCGCAGGGUAAUCCUAAUAGAGGAAUCCUGAAGCUGGCCGACUUUGGCUUGGCCAGGUUCAGAUCAAAUAACACCAGAUCGCUCGACGCGGCCAAAGGCCUCUGUGCGACACCAUCCUACCGUUCUCCGGAGAGCGAUCUGAACAAUCUACAGGGUCGUUCAUACGAUAUCUGGACCUUGGGUAUCCUUUACCUUCAAAUGAUCACCUGGUUGCUUGGCGGUUGGCCCCUACUACAGGAUUUCACAAUGAAGCGGAAGUGUCCCGACCCAAGUUGGCGUUACUGGGAAACCGACACAUUCUUCGAGCGCAACCCGACAGCAGAAGGGACGAGCAAAACAUUGCACAUCAUCAAGCCAGUCGUGACCCGCUUCAUCGAAGAACUCCACCACAACAAGUCGUGUACAAUAUUUCUUCAUGAAUUUUUAGAUCUGAUAGCGGAGCAAAUGCUUAUUGUCGAGGGGUCAGAGAAAGUGAGGAUAUCCGCUACAAAUCUUUAUGCAGAACUGAAGCGGAUGGUCAAACGGUGCUCUGAAGAUGACGUCUACGCGUUAACUCCAAGCCAGUGGGGAAAGUCACAGCCUUGCGGUCACGGCCGUCCCGCCGCCGUGGAGCCCCUGAGCACACAGAACCUUUUGAAACUGGAAAGCCAGGAAGGUCCUUCGUGCUGA